GUGUUUGAGGCUAAGGAUGGAGGUUCUGCUACUGAAAGCUGGGGAUGAUAGAUUGGAUGGCAAGACCGUAUAGACUAGUGCUUGAACUCCAAUCGAUGGAGGUGGGUAAAGCUCAAAAUGGUAACAGCUGUGGUUGCUUCAAGAAUUUUCAGAGUAUUAACUACUAACUUUCAUGUAUUCUACCACUGUGACUCUAAUUAAUGAUUUUCAUUUCUCUCAACCAAAAUAGAAACUUAAAAGUACAUUAGGUGCCUUUUUAUUUACUCUGCUAUAAACACACCAAACGACUUUGCACCAAAGAAAUGAAAUACCUGUGAACGUCUUUGUUAUCUAUCAUGUGACAGCUAUUAAGAUUCAUCUAAUUUCACAUGACUAAAAUGUUCCAUUCAUUAUCAUACCAUGAACACCGCUCCAAUUCAAUCUAUUCACGUUUCAAUGCCUCUUUGUACAGUAACUUCUCCUCUUUACUAAAGAAAACUCAUAACCCCAUUUUCAGAAUAUUCAUGCAGAUGCACCUUAUCAAGUCAUUUUUAUCUCAACACAACUCACAUACUACUGAUAAUAAUAAAUUAGAACAUGACAUUCUUUCUCCUCAAAAACUCUUUAGGAGCCAGGAUGAAGAAAGGCUUAAGAACCUUCUGCAACACUGAUGGGUCAACCUCGACUCUCAACCAACAAAAUAGCACUAUUGGGCAUGGCAUCGGCAACCAUAGCCAAGUUGACGUCACAAGUAGCAAGGUAAGCUCCCCAUUUUUGCAAUGUAACAAUUCAAAUUCAAAGCAAAACACACCAACACUAGAAGAUCUUAUACUACAAUUAGAAGUGGAGGAAGAAAUGGCAAGGAAAGAAAAACUCAAUGAAUAUAGUGGAAUAAAGGGAAGGAUGUCAAGUGUUAACAACUCUGAUAUCUUAAGAUCUGCAAGAAAUGCUUUGAAUCAAUAUCCAAGGUUUUCACUUGAUGGAAGAGAUUCCAUGUAUAGGUCAUCUUUUGGAACUAUAGAAGGAAGAAGAUCAGUUUGUAGUGAGAGAAGUUUGUUAGAAAAGAAUGAUUUAGAACCAAAGGUUGAUGAAAAAGUUAUGUUUUUUCCGCCAACAGUUGCAGGUGAGAGUGUGGUUUGGUGUAAACCAGGGGUUGUAGCAAAGUUAAUGGGUUUGGAAGCUAUUCCGGUGCCAGUAAGAAGAAAAAGAUGUGAUAGCAAAGAUAAGAUGAGUAGUGUUGGUUUAAGGAGGCAAAAUAUAAGGCGAAGGUCGUUUGAGAGACAUGAUUUGGAGAGAAAACUAGCAAUGGACAUGCAGGGUUAUCGUGAUCACAUUGUUAGACGAAGAAAUAGGUCUGGUUUAUGCUCUAAUAAUGAUGGAUAUUGUAUUAUGAAACCGGUUUCUCUAGAAGCUAUGGCAGGAGGUCCUAGUAGUUGGCAGCCAAGGAGAUAUGUUUAAAGUUUGUAGUAAGAACUUUUAAUUUAUUUGAUGCUAUAAGCUAAGUAUAAUGCAUGUAAUGCCUCAUAAGAAUCACACAAGUUUUAUCCAAUGCAUACAUAUUUCUUUUGCUUUUA